GAGUGCCCCUUUGGGCCGCACCCAAGGCCGGUCUCCGAGGAAAUGACCGUCAGAGAGAGGGAGAGGCUGUCUGGCAUCCGAUGGCGGGAUCUGUUUGGACCGGGCAGCAGCUUACUGAUGUGCUAGCAUGGUACCUAAAAACCUCAAAAUUAGCACUAGCUCUGGCCAUAAUUGGCCGCACCCCCCCAGAAAAGAACAGCAGAGAACAUGCAGAGGAAUUGGCUAAAAGUUUGUGUCAGAAGGGAAUAGAAUGGAAGCUAAAGGCUGAGGCGUGGAAAGCUGAAGUGUUACAACUGCGUCAAGAGUUAUUUCUAACUCGAAUGCAGUCUGCUGCAAGGUCAAAUGAUGGCAUUGGAGAUGACUCUUCCAACCGCCUAGGAUUUCCAACUCAAAAUCCUGUGAGGUCUAUGAAUGAUUCUUCUCAUCUAGAUGACUCUGGUUGUGAUGUAUCCAAUGGACAAGGAUCAGAUACUCAGGACCUGUUGACUAAUUGCAGUCUAAAGAGCAUUGAUUAUUCUUCCCUAACUAGUGAACAGACGUUGCCCGUGGUUACUUCCAUUUCAUUGUCUGCUACAUCAAACACCCCCAGAAAUGAUGAAUCAGAAGUGAAUAAAAAAAUGCUUACUUUUCACACUCAAUUUUUACAGAGCUUGAUACGCAUUAGAAAGAUUGCAACUAACAGAACUCCAACAGCAGAAACAUUGGCUUUAGGUAAUGACUACUCAGUAGUGACAGAUUCAGUCUCUCAUUUUGCUGAGAGUUUGCUAGUUUUCUUUGCAAAGCCCAAAUCUCUACCCCCAGCCUCUUUGCUGAUGGAAACAACAGAGUCUCUUGUCUGCUUAAUGCAAGAUGGUAAAUUACCAAUGCCUGUCCUAACAGAGUGUACCAAGCGGGUGGAGGAGCUUGUGAAGAAGUUGGUGAAAGUCAUUAUGGAUAAUACAGAAGUAAAUCGGUUUCAGGAACAGGAGUUGGCGGCCAAGCUUCUCAUUGUGCUUGGACAGUGCCCAUCAUUAAGAGCUCAAGUUUUUGCCAAUCUUCUCUCAGGAAUGAAUCAUUUCAUAGAUUAUCUCUGGCAGACAAAUCAGGCAGAACUUGAUGUAUCUUCCUUUGAAAACAUCUUCUACCUAUUUUGGAUUCUGGAGCAGAUUUUGCAGCAGAGAAAGCCAGCAGGGAGUGGAGCGGCUGCUGAGAAUGUAAUGGAGCUGGAGAGACUACAGCAGAGGUUAGACCAGACAGUGCUUCAUCUAUCAAGUGAUUUCCCAUUGUUUACAAUGUAUCUCUGGAGACUGGCAGGUCUGUUCACUGUUACUUCACAGCAGAAUGACAACUAAAGUGCAGUUCUAUCUUUUAACAGACUCCAACUCCUUCUCAUCACUAACGGUUGCUGCUUGCUUCAUUUGCUAAUUUUUAAAAUUUACAGUUUAUAAUGUUCUCUGGAAAUGUUCAGAUGCAGUGACAUACAAAAGAAAAUCAGGAAGAAUAUCCUUGUGUUGCAAAGAGUAAUAAAGAAUUUUACAUCACCACAGGCCUAGAGUGAAUUGUCGUUCCGUUACUGAAACUGUGGCGAAAGACUGAUGUUUUUAUCCUGCUGAUACAAACCCCUUUCAUUUCAAUCCAAAUUAUUCUGUAGGAAAGAAAGGGCAUUCAAGGAAUGCAUGACAACUUUACUCUCAUAACCACAAAUUAAUUUGAUGCAUCUAUGUAUAGAAAUAAAACCUUACAUUUUAUCCAACACUUGCUUAGAAGCACAAGGACGCAGAUAAAUAUUUAUUUUACACUAUCCUUAGUAAGUUUAAAGGGACAGUGUCUAAGGUAAACAUGUCACAACAGAAAAUAUUAUUCCCCAUUUGCUUCGAUAUAUGACAAAUUAGUUUGUUGUUUUUGAUCCUGAAUGGGGAAUCUUUCACUAUGUGCAUUAAUCUCAGUGUUUAGUGAGCAAACCGGUAUUGGAAUAAUGUACACUGAAGGUACCUAGAAGCUGCAGUUUAAUAGAACGUAUAACAUUAGAGCACAGGAAUAAGCCCAUCAAGUCAAGUCAAGUUUAUUCGUCACAUACACAUACGAGAUGUGCAGUGAAAUGAAAAGUGGCAAUGCUCGCAGACUUUGUGCAAAAAACAAACAAACAAACAAAC